GAGAUCAAUAUAACAACCACAUGGAAUGGUGGAAGUAUAGACCAUAAACCAGUUAAAAUACAUCUUACCCCACAUAAAGAACGAGAUCUCAAGUUGACAGUACAGGCACCAUAUUUUGCUGAUCCAGCACCUUCUGGUCAGGCAGGUAGACCUUUCCCCGAACUGUGGAAUUACGAAGUUGUUGAACUCUUCUUGAUGAAUAAUAAAGACCGCUAUCUGGAAAUUGAGCUUUCUCCGCAUGGUCAACAUCUGGUUUUAUUACUCAGUGCUAGAAGAAAAAUGGUCAAGGAUGAGUUACCAUUGGUUUAUUCAGCAACCAUUAAAGGUGAUCAGUGGCAUGGCGAGGCAUUGAUACCACUAGAUUAUUUACCACCGAAUAUCACAAAGUUUAAUGCCUAUGCUAUACAUGGUGUUGAUGAACAGAGAGUAUAUGAAGCCUACUCUCCCGCUAUUGGCUCUUUUACUGAACCUGAUUUCCACAGAUUGGAGUUUUUCAAACCG